UCGCCACUCGCGCAAAAGAGGGCGGGACCGGCUGUCAUUCUCUCCUGCGCUGUCCGACGUAGCUUGAACCUUGCGGGGGGAGUCCGCGGGUGCUCGGCCGCCACUUCUCCACGGACCUCUCGGCGCUGCCACACAAUGUACCUCUGCAGAGUGGCUUGGCAGACUGUAGCCUCUCGCCUCGCGCGGGCUGCUCCCCUCCUCCGCGGGCACGUACCUUUCCGCCAGAUGUCAUCUGGAAAUGUUCCUGGAUCUUCUGGGGAAAAUAUGAUUUACUAUCUGUUUUUAUUUGGUGCUGCAACCACAGGUGGCAUUUAUGCCUACAGAACUGUUACUUCUGACAAAGCUAGGUACAAUGAACGUAUUAAUGAUAUGCAACAAAGAAAUACAGCAGAAUGGAAACCAAAACCCUGGCCUCCUCAAUCUUUAGAAAGUGAUGAAACAGACGAAGUUACUGAAGGAAGUGAAGAAGAAAAGGAUGCAGACAAAGAGACUGAAACAGUAACUACUGAUGAAUCUGAAGUACAGCAUAAAACAAGUACUGAAUCUACUGAAGUGCAGAGUGGAGAAGAAUCGCCUGUUGAGGAGGCAUCCUCUAGUGUGCAAGAAGAGAAAGAUGCUGCUUCCAGCUCAGAAACAGCCCAAACUCAAGAAACUCCGGAAGAUGGCCUGGAUACCCAAGAUCUAUCUCCACAAGAAGAAAUCCCAGAAGGAACACCACCUCCAGCAGCACAGGAAAGGCCAAAUACACCAGUGGUGGAUGCAGAAGCUGGUGAGGAUCCAUCUCCAGAGGCCAAAGUUCCUGAAUCAAAUGGCACUGGCUGAGGCUUUUGGGAGCACAAACACUUCUAAAGCAUUCUACAGCAGUUUAAGAUGAGCAACUCAAUGAAUUACUAUCUGAAGCCUGUGUUUUCUUAUGUGGCGCCCCUUGUGUAUUUUGCAAAAUACAAGUAUUAUGUCUAUUGGUCAAGAAAAGCAGAUGCCAUGAUGAUAUUCAAACCAUAAUCUUGCCACUCUUUCAUUAGGAAGAACUCUCUAAUACUUAAAAAAAAAAAUCCAUAAACUUAUUAUCUUUCGUGGCUAAAUUCAAAGUACAAUUUGAGUUAUUUUGUAUAUUUAAGAGGGACUCCUUGAAAUCAGACAAUCUCAUUAUAUCUGGAACCACAUGUAUUAAAAAUAGUCAGCAUCGAUAUGCAUUGCAACAUUUGCUGUGUAAAAAUAUUGCUGAAUACCACUUGAAAAAGAGAGACAGAGUUAUGGUUUGUGUAGGUAUAUUUUUUCAAGUGUUGUAAAACCAUGAAAGAAUCUGUACCAAUGUGUAUAAUUGUUGUGUAAUGUAUUAACUCAGUAGAGUAAUGAAAUUUAUUUCCAAACUACAACCAAAAUUAUUUUGGUCCAUUGGCUGGGAUCGAAACUGAGUCCUUCUGAGCAUGAGUAGAAAGAAUUUAUGCACACAUGUUUGUGGGAAUAUUUCCUUCCAGUGGCAACUGCUUGCAUGUCAUUGGAUGUUGCUUUGGAAAACUUCCUGAUUGGUUGUAGGGGGAGGCUUUGGGGUGUUUACCAUUAUAAGGGGGGAGAUUAUGAAAACCAAACAAUACUGGGUGUGUUUCUUUAGAUCUUGCUAUUGGUUAUACUGGAUUUGGACCUGUAAAAUCUGAAAUUAAAGCACAUAGAAUCAUAUCAUAAAACAGCUGAGUUGAAGGGUCCAAUCCCCUGCUCAGUGUAGGAAUUCAGCUUAAAGCAUACCUGCAUCAUGAAUGCCUCUAGUGAGGGAGAGCCCAUUACCUCCCUAGGUAAUUGAUUCCAUUGUCAUACUGCUCUAACAGGCAGGAAGUUUUUCCUGAUGUUCUGCUGGAAUCUGGCUUCCUGUAACUUGAGCCCAUUAUUCCGUGACCUGCACUCUGGGAAGAUCAAGAAGAGAUCCUGGCCCUCCUCUGUGUGACAAUCUUUCAAGGGUUUGAAGAGUGCUAUCAUGUCUCCCCUCAGUCUUCUCUUCUCAGGGUUAAACAUGCCCAGUUCUUCCAGUCUCUCCUCAUAGGGCUUUGUUUCCAGACCCCUGAUCAUCCUCGUUGCCCUCCUCUAAACACUCUCCAGCAUGUCUGCUUCCUUCUUGAAGUGUGGUGCCUAGAACUGGAUGCAGUAGUCAAGAUGAGGCCUCACCUGUGCCGAAUACAGGCAACCAGUAUCUUGUGCAAUUUGAAAGCUAUACUUCUAUUAAUGCAGCCCAAAAAAGCAUUUGCUUUUCUCUUUUUGCAGUCAUGUCACACUGUUGGCUCAUAUUCAGCUUGUUACCUACAACUAUUCCAAGAUCUGUCUGAUUUGUAGUAUUGCUGAGCCAAAUAUCCCCCUCUUGUAGCUGUGCAUUUGGGUUCCCCCCUUGGUGUAGAACUUGGCAUUUAUCGCUGUUAAAUUUCAUUCUGUCAUUUUCAGCCCAGCGGUCCAGCCUAUCAAGAUCACUUUGAACUAUGUUUCUGUGUUCCAGGGUAUUCGCUAUCCCACCCAAUUUUGUGUCAUCUACAAAUUUGAUAGGCAUUCCCUGCACCUCCUCAUCCAAGUCAUUAAUAAAAAUGUUGAGGAGCACUGGGCCGAGGACUGAGCCCUGCGGUACCCGGCUUGUUCCCCCAGUUUGAGAAUUUACCAUUGAUAAGCACUCUUUGAGACCAAUUCUGUAGCCAACUGUGGAUCCACCUAAUAGUUGUUCAACCUAACCCAUUUUAGCAAGUUUGCUAACGUAUCCAGGGCUGUUUCUAACAUUUUGGUGGAGGGAAAGGGCAAUUUAUAUGGUUAGAAGUUUGUUAGUAGUAUGCAGUUAGUGGCAGUCAGCUGGUUUUCACGUGACUUCCUCCACAUUAUAGCUACAUACAUUUCCUUACACCUGAUUAUUAUUGCUUGCUCCCAACUCCGACAGGUGGUGAAAUGUUCCAGGCAAGCACUACCCAGGAUUUGGUUUCCUUUGGAGGAGAGAGCACUGGAGACUUGUGACAUUUUUGUAACACUUUCUUUAUUUACAAAUAUACAGGUAGAAUAUAGCACAGAACAAUAUCAUACUUGUGUACUAUACACUGAAGGAAUUCCAAAGAACUCUGUGGGUUCAGAGACCUUGCCAGAGUGAGGAGAAAGAUCUACACCUUUGCAGACAAAAUUGUAGCUCAAAAGAGGAAAGCCAAGAUCAGUUCCAAAGAAUAGUCCAGGGAGAUGCCAAGAGAGAAGCAGGUAGUGAGGUUGGCACAGGUGAAAAACCAGUUAAUGGCUUAUAGGAGCAAAACAGGAGGUGGCAGACAAAGCGAUAUGUGCACAUAUGUGUUUUGGUGCUCCAAAUUUGCCAGAGCUUUUUUUUCUUUUUUAAAUAAUCCCAAUAAUGGCCAUACUUACAUUUUCCUCUUUCAUACAAAAAGAAAUAAAAAGACAGUUCCUUCAUUGAACAGAAGAGGGCACUAAGUCAAAGACUUCAAGGUUGAUGGAAGCUCCUGAAUUAGAAACCCAUCCAGCUGGCAACAGACCUGACAAUCAACAACACAGACAGGAAUGCUUAAUGUAUUUUUCUUUCAAUGAAAAAUAGUUGCUUGAUUAAAUUUACCUUAAAGGACA